GCGAAAUCGCGUUGUUUAACUCACCAUGAGCGACUUUGAAAAGUACAGAGACACGUUGAUCCAGGAGAUAAGCAACUCCAUCAACUCCAUUGUGUUGAACCUCAACACCUUGAACCGAUCAUUACACAAUUCCAUCCAAGUCAGCAAAGAAUUCGAUAACGUUAGCGAUCUAUGGGCAAACUUCUACAGCGGGCUCAAGAAAGAACUGGGCCAGCAAGAACCAGAAGAAGAGAAUGAGGUGGAAGGCCAACAAGAUACCCAGGGGAGCCAAGAAGCUUAAGUCGGUGGUGGAUUAAGUGUGAAUGUGUACUAUUAGUUACUUUUUAAUCCUAUGUAAUGAAUCUAUUUUAUGGUGUUUACUGAGGCCGAUUUUGUAUCUGGGACCAGGGUUAAUUUUGCUGAGGAUGUCGGAAAGUUUACCAGACUUUUGGACCCGGGUCCUGGGAGUGUUAUGUGAUGGUCGUAGCAUGGGGAGCUUGGGCGACAGCGUGGAAAACAGAGAGUCAGUAGGGAGCUGAGAUGUAUUGGGAGUCGUAGUCAUAGAAUUCAUGGUCAAAGAAGUGGUGAUUGAGGUCGUUUGAGUGAGAAAUUCCU